UGGCCGUAGUAGUCCAUGUUUGAAUCCUUAACGAAACAACAACAAACCUUCUCAAUCUCAUUCAACACAAAAUCACCUGCGAAAUAUAUAAAAAAAAAAACACGCACCAAAUCUCCCUCUCCUUCAAUCUCCAAUUCUAGGGUUUCACAUUCUUCCAAUUCCCAAUUCCAGGUGCAUCAUUCUGAUUUCCAAAACCUAAUUAGGUUACGCAAUCCCCUUUUUUCAUACCUGGUAGUUCACAAUGCCGCCAUUUUCUUCCACCUCGAAGGCACUUCGCUCCUUAGCAUCACGCAGAAAUGGAUUCACUCAAUUGAUUAGGUCUAGCAACAGCGCUGAGAAAAAACUCGAUGGUUGCCGAUGCUUUACUUCCAUUGCCGACAGAGCCACCCAUCCGAUUCAACCCUUUGGCUCUCGCACCGGUUUUGCCCCCAUAACCGGAGUUUUCAAGAGUAUCAAUAAUAAUUCUGUGCAAUCAAGGCACUUUCUUGGAUGUGGUGAUGGUGAAGAAGGUGUUCUAUCUAAAACCUAUGAGGAGAAGCGCGUUUUAGGGUACUCGCCGGAGCAAUUGUUUGAGGUUGUUGCAGCUGUUGAUUUCUAUCACGGUUUUGUUCCGUGGUGUCAGAAGUCCAAUAUACUUAAACAUUUUCCUGAUGGGUCAUUUGAUGCUGAGUUGGAGAUUGGGUUUAAAUUUCUUGUUGAGAGUUAUGUUUCUCAUGUUGAAUUGGAAAGACCGAAGCGUAUCAAGACAACUGUGUCACAGAGUACCCUAUUUGACCAUUUAAUAAACGUAUGGGAAUUUAAUCCUGGCCCGGUUCCAGGAACUUGCAGUCUUUAUUUCUUGGUCGAUUUCAAUUUUUCAAAACUAGAUGAAGUGAAACUGUAACAAUUCCUGUAUACUAGCAAUUUCUUACAUUUUUCUAGGCCCUGUUGAGCCAAGAGAACCCCUAACAGGCUUGGGCUUAGCUCAUUUAUAAAAGAGAUAGCACAGGCUCAACUUAUGUGUUAAUUAGCCAAAAUAGCUUAAUUGCAGUAAGUUCGGAAUUUUGGAUACAAGUCUUUUCCGUAUAAACAAGAUCAUAUUCUUAAUGAGGCCAAGGCAAUUAUGAGCACUCAUCAAAUGAGUGCCUCUACAAAAUUUAUAUGUUAAGUUGUAUGUUGAAAGAGAGACUUUUUUAGAGAACUUGUGUACAUGGGCUUCAUACUUACUCCCUCCGUUCCUAUUUAACUGUCCACUUUGAAGAAAUUUGUUUGUUCCUAUUUAACUGUCCACUUAGCAUUUCAAGAGAGCAUUAAAUGAUGUUUUUACAACAAAUGCCCUUGUCAGUACAAUAAAUUAGGAGAGAUAACACAUACUUUAAAGGGUAAAAUAGAAAAAUAAUCCUCACUUUUUCUAAAAAUCAACAAAAUUAAUCACACCCUUAAUAUGUGUGCCUCCACUCAAAGUGGACAGUUAAAUAGGAACGGAGAGAGUACUAUUUAUAGCUUGAUUACAAUCAAUCAAUCGAGUAAUCAAGGCUGUAAUUAGAAGUUGAUUAGGAGCUAACUUAAUGCCUAAUAAGUUAUAGCUAACUCGCGCCUAAUUAUUAGUCAAUCAACAUAAUUAUUGUUCAUUAUAUAUUUUAAAAUAUCUGAUGAACAUUAUAUAUCGUAUAUUGUUCUUUCUUUAUUUUCACAUCUUCUCUGCAACUUUAGAUAAGCUGCUGCAGUAUCAUUUUUGUCUUAUUCUUCUGCGAGUGUCAUGCUUGAGCAUCAAUUAAUCCUUGUGGGGCAUGCGAUAAAUAACUUGUGGCGUACUAAGCCCUUUGGUCAAAACUGCUAUAUAACCAAACCAUAAUAUAUGGUACCGAGCUGAGUAUUGGCAUACGGAUGCAGAUUGGUCUAACUGAUUUUAGUGCUUUUAUUCCCUAUGAUUGUUCACAUUCAGUCAUGUUAUAUCUUUAUAAUUGCUAGAGUGCUUAAGUUGCUCUGAUAUCUUUCUCUUCAUUUCUUCCUUUCUUAAUAUUUGUGAUAGCAGAAGAUUUCUCUUAAUAUCUACUGAUUGCUCUAAUUGUUUUUUUGUGUGUCCAGACAACUGUGUCACAGAGUACCCUAUUUGACCAUUUAAUAAACGUAUGGGAAUUUAAUCCUGGCCCGGUUCCAGGAACUUGCAGUCUUUAUUUCUUGGUCGAUUUUAAGUUUCAGUCU